AUGGGCAGCUUUGUGGAGUGGCCUUUAAUUGAUCCUGGCAUUUUGAGUCAUUUGCAGCUUCUCUAUCCGACUCCAUUGCAGCUGGAUGCAGCGUUUGACAACCAGGAGGACUGCGAGGCUUUAGUGGCAUGUGGUUUUCCUGCAAUAGUGGAUGAGAUGAAGCUGGACGUCGUAGCUCAGUUGAUGUUGUGGAAGUGGGACAAUGAAAGGCCACUCAAGAGGUUGAGAGCACAGGUUGCGGCUGGACAACUUUUCAGGCUGCCCACUGGAGAUGAUGUGACAGUGCAGGGUGAAUUCCAGCACCUCACAAAGACUAGCGUGUUGUGCGUGUUGGAGAUGCAUGCAAAGCGGAAACAGAAGAAGUACAGAGAGGACCCACCUGACACGAGGUCCCAGAGGUUUGAGUUGUUGCGGAAGAAGUAUGCGCUCCUUCUGGCACAGGUGAUGAUCAACGCAGAGCUGCCGGUGGUCACGGUGAUCAAUUCAUUGGAGGACCCAAAGGCAAGUUGGGUUCACCUCUUUGCUGCAAGGAGAGGUAACACUCUCAAGAACAGGUACAAGGCUUGGAAGCCAUUUGAACGUUGGUUGGAAACCCACAAGGGUUGUCUUUUCCCUCGGGAUGUGAGAGAUGCCAUCGACUACUUGCAGCACAGGAUCAACGAGGGGUGCGGGAAGACAGUCCCGGACACAUUGAAUGCGACUUUGGUGUUGCUGGAGCAGACCGGCAGAGUGAUGGAGUGCAACAGGAUUUCAGAUGAUCCAGUGUGGAAGGGCCACAUUAAAUCGUGGUCAGCUGAGCUUGCAGCAGAAGCUGCACCGCGGAAGCCUGCUGAGAUGUACACGGUGGCCAUGGUCAUUUCACUUGAGCUCACAGUGGUGGACACGGCGCUCCCUGCAUUCCACCGCGCAUUGGCAUGGAUAGUGCUAUGCAUGCUCUGGGCAGCACUGAGGUGCGACGAUGUGCAGGCGAUUUUGCCGCACAGGAGCAUGCUUUCAAAUUUUGGUUUGAGGUUGGUGCUCGGGAAGACCAAGACAACUGGUCCUGACAAGAUGCAGAAAAAAGUGGCGGCAUUUGUGUACCGUACAACUUCGAUUUCUGGUGAAGACUGGCUUCGAGCAGGCUUUGAAGUUUGGGAGUCAGAUGAGUUUCGGUCCAGGCGGGACUACAUGGUUAUGGAACCGGCAGCAGAUUGGAGCAAAGUUAGGAGGAAGUUCCUGACGCCGGCUGGACUGAGCUCUGAGAUCUCAAAGCUCUUGAGCCUUCUAUGUGUCCCACGGAGGGCUGGGCACGGUUGGGAGCUUAUGCCACAUGUUCUGUUGCUGCCAGAUGGGUUGGAGUCAUUUUUCAGUGGUCACAGUCCUCGAAACUUCCUCACUUCGAUUGCAGCUGCAAUUGGAUUUUCCAGGGAUGAGCGUGCAUUUCUUGGUAGGUGGACAAUGGGCAUGACAUCUGCUGAGGAGUAUGUCAGGACUUCUAGACAGGUUGUUUUCAAGAUUCAACGUGCUGUCAACCGAAGUCUUGUUGAAGGGAAAGAUGAGCAGUACUUCGAGGACGAGGCCAUCCAAAGGCUUUGUGAUGCUGCAGAGGUGUUUGAUGACGAUUUGCAGGAGCCUGACAAUUCUCUUGAGGCCCAGGUUGCUUUGGCAGAGUCGGUGGCCAAGUUGAAUGAAAGGGAGGGUAGGGAUUGUCACAAGUGCGUUGAGACGCAGACCUUUUCACUCUUCCAGAUCGAUUGCUGUGCAUCCUUCGCAGGAAAACCGAGGCUGUUGCAGUUGUUGUCAGAUGGUUUCAGGGAGGGACUGAUCUCACGCGACCUGUGCGCGCUUGUGUGGGACAGAAUGGAGCCUGCAGCACAAAGGGAAUUUGUGAGAGACAACAUGGAUGCUGACAUGCAAUUCAUACUAGGAGAAUCAGGCGUGGGGCUGGAGAAUCAAGUUGCGAUUGCACGCCAUUAUGGCACCUUGCGCAAGUUUAGCGCACUGGGGGACGACAGAGCAGCUAUUCGAACUUCAUGCUUACAAGAUUUCGCCAUGCCGAACGACACACCGGCAGGCCGUGCACAAGUGGCUUCAGUCGUUGCAGCUUGGGAGACGGCGAAGGAGUACAUGGCAAAAGAGAUUGAGUUGAAGGCUGAAGCUAAAGUGCUGGGCCAACCAAGGGUGCUUCAGAUACAUGAGAGGCAGGCUAUGCUGAGAGCUGUUGAGGCAGUGCAUGGCCAGCUCAACGACUCUGAGUGCCCGUCCUCGGACUACCUUUCUUUGAAGGCUGAGGAGACAGAGUGCAAUGAGCCGACAGCAGCACCGCUGGACGAGAUACUGAGCAAGCAGGCUUCUUCCAAUUCACAGAUACAGUCGGCGGUGGACAAUACAGGCCACAUCAGGGUCACCAGGACCAAGACAAAGGCAAAGAUGCCGGUGUCAACGGAGGAAUACAGAAAGGUGAUGAAGGUGGAGACAUAUGCAUGGCUUGCAAUGUCUUCACGUUACAAAGCAAAGCAUUGGUUGCAUGGAUUGACAGCGACACCGUUUCAGAGGUUCACCGAGUAUAUUUUGGGUGAUCGUGUGUAUGGGUUGCAGAUCCCAACAACAUCUUCAGAGACAGCUCAGCAACGUGUCAAGCCUGACUGGGCGAUUGUUUUGGCUUACGAGCACAAGCUCAGGAAGGAAGCCAUGAAAAAGGUGUUGUCUGGGCACACCCUAUCUGACGCACUGGAGGCUGUCAUUAAGGACCCGGACCUCAAAGAGGCGUACUUCACAACGCCCAUGGCAUUGCGUGCAUCGAUGCCUGAAGCGCAGCCUAACAAGUUCUUGCGCUACAACAACAAGGGUGGGUCUGGCAGUUUCAGUGGCAAGCAGUUUGCGAUUGUGACGGCAGUUGUGGCAGAGUUCAUCAGUGCAGAGUCAAAGGACAGCAGUGCGGCCACACCCAGCAAAGCUGCGCAAACUGCCUUUGGGGAUGAUACCCCAGUUCUCAAAGUGAUGUACCUUUUUGCUGGGCGUCAACGCCAUUCUGAUAUAGGGUCGUUCUUGAAGAAGGCCUCACAAUCCAAAGGUUUCAGACUGGAGUUGAUGGAAUUCGACAUUGAGCGUUCACCAGAGCAUGAUUUGACAGACGAGAAGUUGUGGGAGCGCAUUGGUGACCUUUUGAAGGAAGGUGACUGGGCGUUGUUCGAGGAGAACGCCCUGGAUCCAUCUGGCAGUGGACAGAGCUUUUGGAGUUAA